UUUAACCUUGUGACCUCUCGAAGGCUGGUGUUAGGAAAUGGCUUCAUCUUUAACGUGAACAAGGCACCCGCCUGGCCUGUUUGCUGCUCCGCGUUGCGCCCAGGCGCGUGCGGCGGGCUGGACCGGGCCGUGGGGCCGUGCGGCAGGGGAGGGCCGCUGCCGGGAGCACUUGGGGGAUGCCUCUGGGCGCGCCAGGGGCUGCAGCAUCACUGCUGGGUGACUCAGGUGCGCGGCUUCCCAAGUCACCAGUGCAGUGAGACUGCCGGGUUUUUAAUGAGCUGCAGGCCUUCUGACCGCAGGCCAGUUCCUUCUAGCUCCUCUGUCCUUGGUGAGGGUGGAGGAGUAAAGCUUCUAAAGCGCUGCCCUAGUGCCGUGCGUAAGGAAGGUGGUGCCGCAGGGGCUGUUUUACUCGGUACCCCAAAUAGGCUGAAGGACUCUUCCUUUUCUGUUACGGUUUUCGGUUGCAAGCUGAAACCGUUUUGCUAUUUUUGGAACGCUUGUUGUACUCUCUUAUCAUUUCUUUCAAUUUCUGUAUGUUUCGUCAGGGGAAAGUCUUCCAGAACUAUCACUUUUGAGCAGUUUAAGGAAGCUCUUCAGGAACUCUCCAAGAAGCGGUUUAAAGACAAGAGCGAUGAGGAAGCGGUUCAAGAAAUACAUAAACUAAUUGAAGGCAAGGUCCCGAUUAUAUCUGGAGUAACGAAAGCCAUUUCAUCUCCAACUGUAUCACGCCUUACAGAUACAUCAAAAUUCACGGGUUCUCACAAAGAGAGGUUUGAUCCAAGUGGGAAAGGAAAAGGCAAAGCGGGCCGAGAAGAUCUGGUGGAUGCUUCAGGAUACGUAUCCGGCUAUAAGCACGCAGGCACAUACGAUCAUAAAGUGCAAGGAAGCAAGAGGAGUCACGCGCACACAGGAGGAAGGUUUUAGAGUUUAACUUCUCAGGUGGCUAGCGCGGGGUGUGAGCGAGACCAGCACACUCAUAAGAUAGAAGGCAUACAACGGAGCUGGGAAUGGGGACUGAGCCAAGCUGACACGAAGAGGCUGAUGGCACUAGUUGGGGUUCUGCCAGCGUCUAUUUUGCAUUACUUGGACAAUAUAAAAUCCCUGCUAGAACUGAAGCACUUUGUAUGGACCUGAUUGAUGCAAAGGUUUUUCGAUAACACAGUAAGCUUUGGAUCAAGACUUGAGAAGAUUCUUUAGAUAGCAGUAUUUUAUUGUGAGGAACACACUCCUUUAUUUCUUCUUCUUUUCUUCAGUUAGAAAGUUUCAAAACCCAAUCAGAUGGAGGCAUGAAAAGAAGUCAUUCUGAUACAAGAAUGAAGGAGGGAGGUUGUGGCUGAAAAGACAUUACCUUGGAAAGUUUUUUUCCUUUUUAUUUUACUUGGCUUGGAGGAUAUGUGCUGUGAAAUGAAAGCACCACAGGCAGCCAUGUAUUCAGGCUUCAGCCACCAUCAUAAGCUCGUACUUUCGCAUUAAUAUCUGUGGGAAGUUAAAAGCCUGAAUACUAGCUUGAAUUUAGCCAUACUCAGUUUCAGGUCUGUGGGAGAGCUAGGCAAAGUGGCCUAACCAUCAUUUUGUUGUUUGUUCAUCUGCCAUUUUCCGUACUCUGAGGACGGCAAGUCCUGCUGGUCCCUCGGAGAUGACCGGCAGGAUGUAGUGGAGGAGGUGCAGGAGGAGACUCAUUUCACCUUCUGAAGCAUUGUAGAGUAUACGCUCUUCUCAUGCACCAUUGCUGAAGACUGUACCUAAAUGGCAUGUCCCAAGUAAGGACACGUCCCCUAAGAGGUUUACGCUUCUAUCCUUUUUCUGGGCAUCUAAACUCGUUCCAUCUAACUAUCCAGUCUGAUUUGCAGCAUCUUAUACUACCCAGUACUCUUUUAUAUGGCAUCUUCUAUAAAAACCCUAUUUUCUUCAUGUCUUUGCUUUCACUUACAGUUGAACAUGCAUAAGAUGAUUGAGACAAAUGUGAUCAGGUAGUUCAGGUAGAUGACAGCAAUAACUGUCUUUAAAAACAAACUCAAAUUACACAGUUCACUUAAAAUUAAACCCUUAAAGACUAGGACAAAACCCAGUUUUAUCUAUGUCUCCACAGAGACUUAACCUUAUGCACUGUCCAUGACUGUCAAGCCUUUGCAGGACUGAGGACAAGAAAUAAAAAUGCUGACUGAGACAAAGGAAUAAUCCUAGUUUUUUUAAAAAUGAUUUGUAAGUUUUAAAUAAAAUAUGCUGAAGUCAAAUGGUUUUUCUUAUUAGUGCUCGUUUACUAACUCCCUCUAAUCACUCUCUGUGCUUUAGUUACUUUUGGAGAUUAUCCCAACAGUCAAUAUCUAUAUGGAAAAAUCAGUAGCAAAAAUUAUUAUCCUAUUCUUUAUGGCUAUCAAAGCUAUCAUAAUAACCUUACUGAAAAACAGACAAAAAAUACAUUGUUUCAACAUUUCUUUGUGAACAAUUGUCAUUAAUUUUAAUAAAUAUUUGGAAGAACAAAUAAAGGGAAUAUUGAACUUUGGACAGUCUGGUCAAGACUAAGCCACUCUUUUAAAAAAACACAAGAUUUCUUAUCAAUGAUACAAAUAUCUUUUUUUUAUCUUUUUCUUUGGGGAAGGGGAGGGAAGAUUUCCAAACUGCUCGCAUGUCACAACUUAUGUUUUCCAUCAGCACAAAGAUUAUCCUUCAGAGAUAUUUUGGAUUAAAGUAUGAUAUUUUCCAUGUAUUUUACUGACCUUACCUAAACUAAAAAUUCUUCUAGCAGCUUUUUGGAAUCAUAGAAAGCUUUCUUAAUGAAAUUAACAUUUCCAUUAUGCGUAUUUCCCCUCUCUUGGGUCAAUUGAUAUAAUCUUUACGGCAGCUAGACUUUUGUAGGUAACCCAGAACUAAAA